AUGUUGCGGUUAUUAUCGAUUGAUAGGAACCUCUGUGUUGCUGCAGCAUAUAUACCUGUCCAAGAAUUCCUAGAAGAAGAAAGCAAGGGACUUGUUUGUGAUCCAGUUGAUGCUGUUCCAAAGCUGAGGCCAUUGAAGCUGGAUGAUUUCAUUCAUUCGAAAGCCAAGGUGCGACCAUCAGUUUCCUAUGAUUCGACUAGCCUGAAGGAACUGCAAGAUUGGAACGAUCAAUAUGGUGGGGGAGAAGGAACGAACAAGGCUUGUCUGAAAAAUCUUGCUACAAAUUCUUACGAGAGGUCAUUUAUUUCGGGGCUCGUCCGCCCCGACGAGAUUGGAGUCGAGUUUAAGGAUGUUGGUGCCCUUGAAGACCCUUGCAAAGGGAUGCUGCUUUUUGGUCCCCCUGGAACUGGAAAAACCCUUAUAGCAAAGGCUCUUGCUACCGAAGCACGGGCCCACUUCAUCAAUGUUACUCCUUCAUCCCUUGGAUCUAUGUGGUAUGGGGAAGCCGAAAAACUUACGAAGGCACUAUUCACCUUGGCUGUCAAGUUGGCUCCUACAAUUAUUUUUCUGGAUGAGAUUGAUGCUUUGCUUGGGGCUCGUGGUGGAUAUGAGAAUGAGGCCACCAGAAAAGUGCGGAAUGAGUUUAUGUCAGCUUGGGAUGGAUUAACUUCAAAUGACAGCCAAAGAAUACUUGUCCUUGGUGCUUCGAAUAGGCCCUUUGACCUUGAUGAUGCUGUCAUUCGCCGCAUGCCAAGAAGGAUUCAUGUUGACCUACCAGAUGUGAAAAAUAGAUUGAAAAUACUGGAGAUACUUCUAGCCAAAGAGGCUCUGGAAUCUGGGUUUGAUAUUAAAAAACUCGCGGAGGCUACUGAAGGGUAUUCCGGGAGUGACUUAAAGAAUCUGUGUGUGGCUGCUGCAUAUAAGCCUGUCCAAGAACUACUUGAACAAGAAAGAAAGGGUAAAAAGAAAGAUGGAGCUCCAGCGUUAAGACCACUGAAGCUAGACGACUUUAUUAACUCCAAGGCCACGGUGGGGCCCUCGGUUGCGUAUGAGUCGAGCAGUGUGGUCGAGCUGAGAGAAUGGAACGAGCAAUUCGGUGAAGGAGGAAGCAGGAAAAAAUCAAAGAUUUUCCAGACCUCCAAUGGAGGAUUCAAAUUUCAUUCCUGA